CAUUCUCUGAACAAUCAAGCAAUAUCACUCUGGUAGAUUUUAUGUUAAAAUGGCAAGUUGGAUAUUUCAUUCUUCCAAAUUAAUUGCAAAUUCUAUAAAAAAUACCAGCAUCGUAAGCCAUGAGCCAGCUACACAAUUAUGGAAAUCUGUAACAAGUGUCAGUAAUGCUGGUAAGAGGAGAGGAAGAGCCAAGGGUAUUGUAAAGGCAAGAGAUUUAAACCGAGGUCAAAAGAUUGGUCAUGGAAAAGUAGGAAUGCUGUUUCCUGGACUGACUGUCCCAAUUGUACAAGGAGAUUUUACACUUCAACAAAGACGUCUUACAGAACAAGAACAAGAAAGUACUGAUCUGAAAAUACAACCUUUAACAAAACCAAAACGAUUGAAACUUCAUCCUUUAAAACGUGGAUGGAGCGGAGGUCAGUCUGGUGGAAGGACACUUGGACCACCUGAUGCUGUUAAUGGCGAUACCUUUGAUGGAUUUGAAAGUUGGAUACUAUAUGCCAAACCAAUAACUGUUAUGACAAGCACCAUGGGCCGUUCAAAACGUGUUCGUAGUAUGGUUGUGACUGGAAAUAGGAAAGGUUUGGCUGGAUUUGCAGUGGUAACAGGGCGUGAAUUUAAACCAGCUUUAAAUUUAGCCAAAAACAGGGCAGGAUUGAGAUUGAUGUACAUUGAAAGAUAUAAUGAGCAUACUGUGCUUCAUGACUUUUUCUCACAAUUUGGAAAAACAAAAGUUUUUGUAAAACAGAAGCAAAAGGGUUAUGGAUUGAAGUGUCAUCGUAUUGUUAGAACAUGCUGCGAAGCAAUUGGUAUCAAAGAUUUACAUGUUAAAGUUGAAGGAUCUGAUAAUAUUCUUAACAUCGUAAAAGCUUUCUUUGCUGGCUUAUUGCGACAGAAAACGUUCGAAGAAAUGGCAAAUGAGAAAAAAUUGCAUCUAGUCGAAAUGAGAAAAGAAAAUAAUUAUUUUCCCACGCUACUUGCUUCGCCACCAGUAGCUCGAACCUCUAAAGAAGUUCCAAGAGACGAAAAUUUAGAUUUUAGACAGUACGUAAUGAAUGGAAAAGUUAUUUUGGAGAAGAAACAACGCAGUUCGCCUUUUAGCAAAUUGCCUUCGUGGCAAUUUCAUUUACGUAAACAAGAACGUUUGAGGAAUCAAGAUGAUGUUGUAGUCAAGUUAAGAGCUGAAUACGGCGAUCUGUGCAGCUUUCACGUUGAGAAAUAUCCAGAAGCCAGAGCUUCUAAAUGGAGCAAACAUGCCAAAAAGGAGGAAGAAGAAGCAGUUGAAACAUAAUACUUUUAUUACGGAAAGUAUAUAAUAAAUAUAAUUGAAUGUUAAAUACGUAAUUGAUACUAAUCAGUAAUAAUAAAAAACCACCUAUAAUCGAGAUUCUUUUUUCCUUCAUAUCUCGGCACUUCAUAUUCAUGCGCGCGCACACACACAAAAGCAAUAUAUGUAUCAUAUCUCUAGUUUGACAAAUCAAGAUUUUAACUGUAUAUGUUUUAUCAUUCUUCGAAGAAGAAUCAAAUAGUAUAACGAAAAAAAAUUGAGCUGUUUCCAUUGGUUUAUUGUUUACUGCUCCAAACUCAUUUAAAUUGAAAAUGUGACUAGAAUAGAACUGAAAGUAUGUAAAUUAGUAACAAAACAUGUAAAAAAACCACGAAGAUGUAAGUAGAUACGUUUAAAAUUAAAAUUUUAUAAACUAUAAGAAAAUUCGUAUCGAGUCGAAUCGUUGAAAAUUUUUGUUGCGCGCGUUGAAUGUGAAUAAAGAAAAAUGUAAAUGAACAAAUCAAAGUGUAAAGAGAUUGACGAAACGACGUUCAAACUUACAAUUAAUGGUAAAUUUUGAACUAUUGUCGAAAUUCUCUCUGAUCAAAUUAUUGAUUGAAGAAUUAAUUAGCUUUAACUGUUAUCGACAGUCUUUAAUAACGUAUAAUUACUACAUACUUUGUUAUAUUAUUAGUUAUAUACAUAUUUGCUGUAUAGUAAUAUAUAGUAAUAUAUACCUGCUUGUGUGAGACAUCCUGUAUAUAGUAACUAUAUACAUAUUGCUAUACAGUAUUAUAUAUCUUACUAUAUAUUACUAUAUCUUACUAUAUAGUGA